CUAGGCAUCCUCCAAAACCCUGCAGCGAAAAUGCUUUGCUACUAGUGCAUAAUCAAUCUGCAUUUGAUACGUCUAUUCCUUUUAAAAAUGAUGUAGCAAGUCCUUGUUGGCAACUAAGCUUUAGAAGAGCGUCCACACCAUCAACUUUGCACUAUAUAAGACCUCCUUCCUCAAAAAAGAUUGCCCAAGAGAAGCUAAGUUCUGCAAUUAUGGAGGGCUCUCUCUCUACUGACCCUGAAGUGCCAAACUCUGGUAGUGCUGCCAAACAACGAGGCAAAUGGAUCACCUUCCCUUUUGUCACUGGGACUAUGGUUGGCUUGACACUUGCUGGAGUAGGAUACCUAUCCAACAUUAUUGUUUAUCUUAUUGAAGAAUUUCACUUCGAGAGCAUCAAUGCUGCUCAGGUUUCAAAUGUGGUUACUGGAGGCAACAAUGUAUUUCCUAUUGUUGGAGCUAUACUAGCUGAUUCUUUCUUGGGAAACUUCUCCGUUGUCGCUAUAUCUUCUUGUGUCUCUUUUCUGGGACUGGUUCUUUUGGUCUUAACUGCACUACUUCACUCACUGAGGCCUGCACCUUGUGAGACAGGGUCAAGUUUAUGCCAGGCCCCAUCAGGCAUCCAAUAUGCAGUACUAUAUGGAUCCUUGCUUCUGACAUCUGUCGGCUUUGGAGGAUCUCGAUAUACUUUAGCAACAAUGGGAGCAAACCAAUUCAAUAAACCUGAGCAUCAGAAUACUUUCUUCAACUGGUUUUUCUUCACUCUGUAUUCUUCUUCUGUUAUUGGUGCAACAGCUAUCGUCAUCAUAGAGGAAGAUGUUAGUUGGGCGCUAGGAUUUGGCAUAUGUCUUGCUGCAAAUUUCAUCGGACUAGUCAUUUUUCUGCUUGGAAAUCCAUAUUAUCGACAUGAUAAGCCGGAAGGAAGUCCAUUUACAGGCUUAGCUCGUGUAGCGGUUGCUACUAUUAAAAAGAGGAACGUCCUGUUAUCAUCCAGGAGCGAGGACUAUUACCAUGAGAAGGAUGCAAAGGGAAAAGAGGCAGCUGCUUCAGUGCUGACAAAGAGCUUCAGGUUCUUCAACCGAGCAGCAAUGAAAACUGAAGGUGACAUCAAACCAGAUGGAUCCAUUGCAAAACCAUGGAGAAUCUGCUCAGUACAGCAAGUAGAAGAUUUCAAGUCACUAGUCAGAAUUUUCCCAAUAUGGUCAUCCAAUAUACUUGUAGCCAUUCCAAUAGCAGUCCAGGCAAGCUUGACUGUACUGCAGGCUCUAGCCAUGGACCGUCACCUUGGAAAACAUUUCAAAAUCCCAGCUGGCUCUAUUUCAGUCCUAGUACUGAUCACUAAUUCCAUUUCUGUCCCCCUCAUUGAUCGGAUUUUCUCUCCCUUCUGGCGGAUGAUAACUCGCAAAUUUCCAACCCCAUUCCAAAUAGUAGGAGUAGGCCAUGUGCUUAAUGUGCUAAGCAUGGUGGUUUCAGCUUUGGUAGAGUCAAGGAGGCUGUCUCUUGCUCAUUACCACCAGGACAGCCAGAUGCUGGUUUUGUGGCUAUUUCCGCAACUAGUUUUGGUUGGAAUUGGAGAAGCAUUUCAUUUUCCUGGGCAAGUUGCUUUAUAUUACAAAGAAUUUCCAGUCUCACUGCGUAGCACGGGAACUGCUACAAUUACUUUUAUUGUUGGGAUAUCUUUCUAUUUAAGCACAGCUUUGAUUGCGCUGGUUCGAAGUGUUACAGAUUGGUUACCGGAUAAUAUAGACAAUGGGAGGAUUGAUAAUGUGUACUGGGUGAUGGUAGGGUUAGGGAUUCUCAACUUUGCAUACUACAUAGCUUGUGCCAAGUUGUAUAACUAUCAGAAUGCUGAAAACGCUGCUAAGGAGAGUUCUUCAGUUUCUGAUAUGAUAAGUGAAUAAGACGAUGGAGGAGAAAGCAAGAAAACGAAUCUUGCUAUAUGUACAGACUUCUUUUUGCUUUUGCAAUCUGGGCUAGAAACUUGUAAUUUCUUGUAAUCCUUAGUUUCAUUUACACCGAAAGAAACAAGAAGCUGUUCAGAAUUAUUUGGCUAUAA